AUGCAGUUACAAACUUUACAGGAGGAUAAAGUCUUGUCCUUUGCUGCAACUCUUAUCCAAGACACUGGUUCCAAUGGUCAGAAACUAAGUGAAACAAAUAAUGACCGAUUAAUGCGUGGUCAUUCCAGUAGUUUUGGACUUCACAGUCCUGACCAGCUACCCUGUGAGAUGCUCCAAGCAGUUUGUAACAGUGAAUGUGAAUCCAGUUUAUGCCUUGACCUGGACAUUAUAGACCUGACUCUGAUUCCUCCCAUUGAAGUUGUAGAUGAAGAAAUUAGAAGAGGACUUUGUAGCAGUGGGACCAGUGCCCCACCCCCAGGAUUUUCUGAUGAUGAGGUUGAAGAUUCAGCCCACCGGCGCCAGUGCAAAAACCAUCACUACCAUCACCACCAUCAUCAUCAUCAUCAUCAACAGAAACUGAUCCAGCCAGUGUCAUUGGGACCAGAUGAAGCCAGUGUCAAACUGUUAUCAAGUCCUAGUUCUGGUAAGACUCAGUCAUUAUGA